AUGGACGAGGCUACUUACGAAAGUAAUACGCUGCGCCUAGGAUAGGAUAAAAUUAAAACUACAGUUCUAAAUUUUAGUUAAAAUAUUCAAAAUUUUUAGUAGAACGAUGAAAGCUGUCAUUUUACUUUGCAAGAUUGCAGUUUUUCUUCAAACUAAAAGAAGAAACUACCUUUUUUAGACUGUAGUGGCUAAAUAGAUGAUCAGAUAAAAGAUAGUAGUAAUAUGAAUAAUGAAUCGAUUUAAAUUUAGAAAGUGAAAUCUUACAUUGUUAACUCCAACCCUUUAAACAUAAACAUUCAAAGUAUAGAUUAGCAUUAAGAAAUAUUUAAAUUAAACAAGGACGACUCGAGUUCUUAUUCUCCAAUUUAGCAAAGCCCAUCUCCAAUUAAUAUCUAAGCUAGCGAAUAAGUGAUAACCAAAAAGUAGAGCAGUUCCUCGUAAAAAGAGGAAUUAUUAAAAUAUCAAAGCUCUUAUUUGAUUUAAAAGUAAAAUGAAGCAUAUGAAGUAGGACUUAAAGUACCAAUGUAUCGCAAUUCUAUUUCACCAAAGCUUUUAAAUCAAAAUAGAUAUAAAGCUGAUGGAAUCAUAUAAACAAUAAAAUACGUAAAGAGAUUCAUAAAUAAACUGAAGCUAUCCUCAAAGAAGGUGCUUUUUAGAAAUAUUUCUAAGCCUUAAUUUUAAAUUAUAAAUGAUAUUACAUCAGAUUAUGACUAUUACUUAUUUGAAGGAUAUGUCCAUAACUAGAAAAUCCUUUUCACAUUCGAUUUAUCCAUGAGUUGA